AGUCUGUUACUUGCUGGUCUUUAAAUAAAGCAGCUAAACUGCAACAUACAGUACAUACAUACACAAAGAUGGAUGAAGAGAAAGUGGAGCUUAAAGAGAUAUACAGAUCCAAAGAAGACAGAAAGACAGCUAAACAUGCCAACAUGUUUGAGAGAAUAAUCCAGCCGUGCAUUGCUGAGCUUGUGGGGACUAUGUUUUUUGUCUUCAUUGGUUGUGUGUCAGUGAUUGAGAAUGUUGAGGCAGCGGGUCGUCUGCAGCCAGCGCUGGUGCACGGGUUGGCAGUGGCUGUAAUGGUAGCAUGUAUGGCAGAGAUCAGUGGAUCUCAUUUCAACCCACCGUUUACUUUGGCCAUUUAUUUAUGUGGAGGAAUGCAGUUAACAAUGGUUGUGCCAUAUCUUAUUAGCCAGCUGGUGGGAGGUGUGCUUGGUGCUGCCAUGUCAAAGAUCAUGACAUCAAAGGAGCACUACACAAAUGCCACUGGUGCAGCAUUUACCAUUCUUCAAUCAGAUGAACAAAUCCCAGCAGCUAUCUUCGCUGAGAUUGCGAUGACCUGUUUAGUGACUAUGGUGGUGCUGCUGGGGGCAGUAAAUGGGAAAAGCAAGAGUCCCAUGGUACCUUUCCUGGUGGGCUGCACUGUGAUUGUUAACAUCCUGGCAGGAGGUGAUGUAUCUGGCACCUGUCUGAACCCUGCAAGAGCUUUGGGACCUGCACUAUUUGCUGGUUACUGGGAUUAUCACUGGGUAUACUGGGUAGGUCCUUUUGGAGGAGGUUUAAUAGCUGCAGCCCUUGUAAGGCUCCUGCUUGGUGAUGAGAAGAUUCGAGUUGUACUGAAAUGAACCUGCAAUCACAAGACGCUUUAAAAAUACAGGCCUGUUUAUUCAACAUUCACCUGUGUUGAUGUACCUCUCAGAGUUCUGAAUUGCUCAUGCGGCCAGCUGGAUGUUUUAUAUAUACCCAAAUAAAAUAAUGAUAAUACUUUUAUAAUAACACUUCAAAGCACAGGACAAAGGAACAAAUGAAAAUGUACACUGUUUAAUUAAUUCUUUCAGUGAUAAUUAUAAGCAUAUUAUUAAUUUCCAACAUUUUGAAUUCUUUAAUAUUUUAUACUAAAACAUGAAAUGAAUACAUUCUAUAACAAUACCUGAUGAUUUCAACAAAUUAAAAUGAAAAUGUAUUUAUAAGGAGUUAUAAGUGUUUACUCUGAAAUGAACUGUUUUAUACUAAACAAUAUAUUUUCAAAAAACAAUUAUGCACAUUUUGCAUCAAAUUGCAUAAAUAAAGGCAAAGAUUUUUGGGGGAGACCUUGUGCACUUGAUAAAUGUAUGAGAGAAGCACAUUUUUAACCCUUUCAUUCUUAGUGUUUUUACUGAACGAUUAAAGUCAAUUUAAGGUGAUUUUAAAGGCAACAGAAAAUUUAAAUCACCUCAAAAUCAAUUAAAAUACUUAUCCUGAUUUUUUUCCCUCUAGCUAUUUGCCACUUUUAAGUGGAGAAUGUUUCUGGUUUAUCUUUGCAACCUUUGUGACAAAAUCUCAAAUUAUAUUAAUAUUUUUGUUUAAUUUUAACUGAAUGUAUAUUUAUACAUUUACAUUGUUUUGAAAUAGAUGCUGUAACUAGAAUUCUUGUAAAGGCUUUUAAAAGAUAAAUCUACUGUAUAUGGACGAUCCUUCCUUUCAUUUAACAUCUUUAAAGGGUAAAAACUGCAUUUAAUAGUUAAUAGGUAUUUAAAAUUUUAUCUUUACAUGAAAAUCAUCUUAAUUUAAAUUACUUGCUAAAUAAGCGGCAUUAUACACCUGUCCCAAACUUUCAAACAUGCCUGUUCUCCAUAUUCUGCUAUAAUGUUGGUCAAUACCGUUAUUAUUAUUAAUAUUUGUCAUCUAUCUUUCUAUUCUUAUCUAAAAGUUUAUAUUCUUAUAAA